AUGAAUAAGAGGGCUUUCCUUUGCAUUACAGACGGAAGUGAUUCAAAAAAUGAUCCAAAUGCCUGGGCUCUUGCGCGUCCUCGCAAACGUCGAAGUCGAUGGUCAAAAGCUGAUGAAGAUAAAACAUAUGUUCCUGGAAUGCCAACUCAACUUCCUCCUAAUCUCACUGCUGAACAGGAAAAGAUGUAUAUUUUACAACUCCAAAUUGAGGAUUUAACCAGGCGCUUAAAGACGGGCGAUCUUGGAAUUUCGGCUAACCCUGAGGACAGAUCUCCUUCACCCGAACCAGUGUAUAGUAGUGACGGAAAGCGUUUGAAUACUCGUGAAUACAGGACGCGAAAAACAAUGGAAGAGAACAGACAUAACUUUAUUCAACAAAUGCUUGAGCUCAAUCCUGAAUAUAAACCUCCUAUCGAUUAUAGGGCUCCGAAUAACAAAAUCACUGACAAAAUUUUCAUACCUCAGGAUGAUCAUCCACACAUUAAUUUUGUUGGUCUUCUUAUUGGUCCACGAGGUAACACACUGAAAGCACUUGAAAAAGAGACUGGCGCGAAAAUUAUAAUUCGCGGCAAAGGGUCUGUUAAAGAUGGAAAAUUGGUUCGCCGAGAUGGAAUGCCUAUACCUGGAGAAGAUGAACCACUUCAUGCUUUUAUCUCUGCAACCACACCUGAAUCUUGCCAGAAGGCUGUAGAAAAGAUCGAAAGUAUUAUUCGUCAGGGUAUUGAAGUACCUGAAGGCGAGAAUGAUUUGCGGAAGGCUCAGCUUCGCGAACUAGCUCUACUGAAUGGGACUCUGCGUGAACACGAGGGUCUUGCACGUCUGCGAGCACUCUCUGAGGCACAAAAUAUUGCCACUAACAAAAUUCAGUGUUCGUUAUGCUUAGGCUUGGGGCAUUUAGCAUCAGAUUGCAAGUUGCGGGACCCUAAUGUAUCUGUAGAACAGUUGGGCAUUAAUCCAACAGAGAGAGCAAAAAUGGACAGCGAAUACACAGCCCUGAUGGCGGAAUUGGGAGUCGGUUACAGCACUGGCGGUUCGGGUGCUCCUCAUGGAACUGGUAUGUUCUUCACCUUUAUUAAUGACUUUGAGGUUAUUUGUUUUUUAGUACAAGAAACGAACCGUUGUGGUGGCCAAUUUUCUAGUUACUGA